CCUGAUUAGCUCGGCUGCAGCGCAAAAGACCAGGCGUCGCUUAUACAACUUGUUAGCUACUCGGAGCUUUCGCUGUUUCUCUGCUUUGCAAUCAACUGUUACCAAGUCCUCUUCAAUGCCAUAGCUUUCUAACACGAUGGCAAAAGCACAAAACACUCGAAAUGAAGACGGACCCCCUUAUCCAACAUUCAAUGAGCGCAAAACAGAAAACAACAAAGCGCCAACCUUCUCAGCAGCGUACGAACGUUUGAUAUGGCCAAUUCGGGGUGAAUUCCCGUCUGCCAUUUCGGUGAUGACAGAGCCUCACCGAAACACUGGCACUCUACGACCGUUGUUCAAUAUAGAGACUGGAGAUUGGCAUGAAAUUGCCUCGCAAGCAAUCACGAACACCAAAGUUUCAUACCUCGAAGCAUCUCUCGUAAAUCUGGACUCUUGGGACCGUAAGUGGGAGCAACAGCAUAUGGAGCAUGCCGACCCAGCGUACGACGAGUGCGAAUUUGUCACCUACGGCGAUCUUGACAAUGACGUGCGCCCUUUUGCAGAGGACCCUAUGCGAGAGGACGGGACUUGGAGUUGGGAUGAGCCCUCGGAUACAGAGAUCCUUAUCUACUGCUGCAACGAGGACCGCCCACUAGGUAAAAAAGGCCUCACGCUCGAAGUCCGCCCUUCGCCUGAAAACGAUUUUGUGACAGUCAAGGACUACGUCGGCGCGGUACACCCCUGGCUUAUGAGCAUGCAAGAUGAUAUCCUAGCAGCAAUGCGGACAGCAGAACCUGGAUACCCGGCUGCUUCUACCGAGUGGAGGCUGAGCAAUUCUCGCUAUGAUGGCCCAAGGCAUAGAAUUAUACUUCCCGAACUUUGGGAGUCCAUGAACCGGCCGAACUGAAACACAUCGGCCACUGUCAGUUCCGUGGUGAUUGAUGGAAAUAUCGUCGAAGCCCAGUCAUGAGCUGAGUGGAUUAGUCACUUUGCGAAGGGUAGUAUGGUCUAAUUGAACUAAAUAAGCCCCUCCUAGACCUGGUAGGAAGGCAAAGGCUCUCGAGACGAUUGUAAACAGAGAGAUCUGUCAACGUGACUCACAAUAAAGGAGGUAACACGAGAACCUGAUAUGCACACUUUCCACUUUCUAUGACAAGCAAGCUUGUUGAGUUUAGUUGAUACCACCACGAUGGCAUCGACUGGGAGCCUUCAAGAUCAGCAUUGAGAACGAUAUUUUCGGAAGUAGUCUCGUUUUCAAUCGAGUUCUUCGGCAUCGAACGUUCCCAUCAUCUUGGCAACAUCCACCUAUUGUACAGCGAAAGUCAACACGAGGGAUGUGCAUCUACUAGAGAAACCGAACACGAAUGAAUGUUGGAAGAG